GUUGGCUUGAAGACAUAGGUUUGCCUCAUUACAAGGAUACCUUCAGCGAUGCCUGUGUUGAUGGUCGAAUGUUAAAUUACCUCACUAUUGACGAUUUACAACAGCUAAAAGUUACGAAUGCCCUGCAUCACAUCAGUAUUCAGCGUGCCAUCCAAUGUUUAAGAUUUAAUAAUUUCCAUCCCAAUUCACUGAAGCGAUACCCAAUUGACGAAUCGUGGCAGAAAGGAGCAGACGUAUUGUUAUGGACUAACGGACGAGUGGUUGAAUGGUUGAGACUGGUUGAUUUAGCUGAGUAUGCGCCAAACCUACGAGGGAACGGAGUACAUGGAGCCUUAAUGAUACUAGAGCCAAGAUUUACAGCAGAAACACUAGCUGCCCUGUUAUCCAUCCCGACAACAAAGUCCCUAUUAAGAAGGCAUUUAGCGUCACACUUCCAGUCCCUCGUUGGUCCUGCAUGUUUCAGGUUGAAAGAACAAGCCGCCAACUCGUCGUCUUUUACACCGCUAAUGCCUGAUACCAAACAAAAGGUUAUCAAGAAGAGUAAAUCCUUAGGAGCGUUAGGACGCGGUAAGAAAGGUGUUGGCUCCGCCGAGCUCGAUAACUAUGUGUGUCCCUUGGAUUUCGAUAUCCCACAAGAACUGAAACCAACUGUGACGAGACCCAGGCGAAAAUCUGAUGAAGAAUAUAGUAGAACCAGAAGGCAUGAUAGCGAUGAGUUCAUUGACAGCAAACGACCGACAGCCAUUGGAGCCUUUUCGAAGGAACUCGAUUCACUAACGCAUAUGCUCGACCACGACGUUCAUACACAAAAAAUGGCAGCACACUCGUGAAAUACUCGGAAGUAACUCUUCAAUAACUCGCAAAUUGACCGUGGGCCGCUCGUAACUCUCUUAUAAGCAAUCCAGGAAGGUGCACAGCAAUAUUAUCCAUUCCAAGGAUAAGACUAGGUCAAGUUGACAAUGCAGUGCAACAUCAAGACGGCCUCUAUUUUCAAGAUAGCGUCUAUUUUUAUCCGCUGAAACAGUCCCCCAAAAUGCAAUGCAAAUCCAACUCGACCCAGUCUUUUACACAACAUCGGAAUCACGGUCGUACAGUACUCGAUACUUUCUUAAAAAGGCUCGCCUCGCAUCAAGAUGCACGUCUUCAUUGUUUUUAUCAAACUUCGAUUCAUAACGAAUUUUUAAAUUUUUCAGAAAUUAAGAGUAUUUUUAUAUUCGCAAAUAUAUGAAAUUCAAGUUGGAUUAUUUUCUUACUUAGCUGAUGUAAAUAUGAUUGYUUAUUAUAGUUUCCUGUUACUACAAUUAUUUUCUUAUCAAUCGAAACCAUAUCUUAGUUAAGUAGCCUUCCCCAUUCCCACCACUUGGAAACGUAAAACCCUGUGCUUCAAAUCUAUUAUCCCUUAAUCCUUUAUCUACUGCCGGGCUCCCAUUCACCUGGAAAAGUCGGGGAAAGGUCUACGAACUGUCAAUGAAUGAUAUGUUUGGUCAGGAAAAUUUAUAAAUUGUAACAAAAGUUACGGAUAAUUAUAAGGGAUUUUGUUUUACCAGAAUAGAGAGUGGGUACGUUGUCAGUACUAGCCUCCCGUCAAAUACGAUAGGAUGAUUCAAUGGCAGUACUUGCAGUUACCAUUUUAUUUUAUUAGRAACGUACGUUUUUUAUAAGGGGGUGGGGUGGUGGGGGACUGGGUGAUGCAAAGGAGGAUCAUCAGAAAAAAAUGGAAUUUUUGUGGUGGUAUUCGGCAGGGUCAGUGACAUGUAACAUGAUGUGUUAUGGUUAAGUACCAUAAAUAUUAGAAUAAUUUAUAGACCUUGUAACAAAUAUGCGCAAGAAUUGCAAAGAAAGAAAUAUAUACUUUGMCAUAACAAAG